UUUCAUUGCCGGCAUCAUUUUACAUUCGUUUGCAUGAACAUGUACCCUGAAUUUAAAAGCUGCGUAUGCAUAGCGUGUACGAUAUAACUGUUCUACGUAUAUGUAGAUUUCAUGCUCAGUUUUCCUUGUAAGAAGUAAUCCAUUGCACGACCAUUAUUUUUUAUGUGUACCGAGUUUUCGGUAUUUCUGUAAAGGGUCGAAGUUCGUAGGCAUUUCUGGCAGAACACGCGAUUUUAAAAAAGUCUGUUACUAUGAGGUUCAUUGAAUGGAACUGUCCAGAUUAACCCCUGCGGUAGCAAAUUAAAUUGCUGGAGAUUAAUUAUUUGGCUAGUUAUCGAGUUACAUGAUCACGAUAAGCUGAGCUUGUUUUUUCUUCAUACAUUUUAUUACUCCUGAUUUUCAUACGGCAUACGCACCGCCAGCCGAGCGAUCGGUCGUGUUUUACAACGGGGUGGUCCUUCGGUAGAUAUACCGACACUUCGACUGCACUACACACGCUGCCGAAAAUACCACAAAUUUGGAACAUGCUGCGGUCUCCGGAAAUGACGGAUGAGAAUUUUUUGCGACCGGCGACAAAUUCGGGCUUAAUGCUGGUGGUGACCGAACCGCCGUCGUUCCCGUCGAUAUGAUUGUCCGGGAAAGUUGAUGUUUUGGAAACCUCAUUUUUCUUCCUGUUGUUUUGUUAUCAUCAGUUGGACAUAGAAACAUAACGGUAUUCCACCGGAUGUUCUUCGGGGUCGCGCUGCGACUCGAGGGGCCGGAAGUGGAACGUGGGACAGAUUUUGAAGGGUGCCAUAGACAGGGCGCUGCAGACCAAUGUCGACAGUGGCAAUUAUGGCAGAACGCGAAAUGCUCAAGAAGGACUUUCCGGAGGGAGAGUACAUGUCCGGCAGCGGCAGUCAUCGGCGCUCACCCGCCGUCGACCAUGUUCACCGCCGGCACACUGCACCUCCCGUGCGCACGCAUCACUACCACCAGCACCACCACAAAGGUCACCACUAUCCGACCAGCCAUCCCUACGCGAUGCGGCACACCCCCCGAGGCAGCGCUCCGACCGGAAGCAGCAGCCGUGACUCACCGUCCUCCCGGUCAUCCAGUUCCCCCUCCACGGACACUGCCGCCAUGGGCGGCAGCCAUCUUCGCAAUCAUUCACAGACCACUGCUCAAUUCCCGCCCCAGACCCCGUCGGCCGUCGCGUCUUCCUCAAGCAAACGACCAAAGCGCUCACCGCCUGCCGGCGAAUACAGUCGGCAGGAUGCUGAGUCCCCCGCCAAUCUCUCCACAUCUACCUCCUCAUUCCCGUAUGAUCGCACUAGCAACACCAGUGGCAGUGUAAUCCACUCGGCCAACACUCACCGGUCGCCGUCCGCCGAGCCGGCCGUCCGCUCAGGGUCCGAUUCCCCACCCGCCGUUGCUCAAGCGCUGCAUGCCGGGCUGUCCGCCGCUGGACACCAGCCCACGCCCAGCCUUCCCACUAAUCCCGAACUGGCUAACGUCCUCUUGGCCAUGUAUAAAGCUCAAGAAGCGGCAAUACGCAACCAACUCGCUCAGAUGCCAACCGGCAGUUCAUCGGUUACGAUGCCCACACCAACCAUGGAGCAGCUCUUCAUGCUGCAACAAGCGUGGAGCGCCGGCCAGUUCGUCCCUAACCUCAACCCAAUGCUGCCGUUCAUGAUGGCGUCACAGGUUAUGCCGGGAGCUGCCGCCUUCUCCGCCCUGUCACCCGACACGUUUGCUCAUAAUGCGGCCAAACGCCGUUCCACCAACGACUCCCCCACCUCUUCGGCCGUCAUCUCCCCGUCGCCGUCGCGCGACGCCUCCCUAUCGCGCAGUCCCUCUCCGACCGCCCAUCUGUCCGCCGGUGGCGGCGCUGACCGUCAGUAUUCGCACGGCCGCCAUAGCCGAGCGGGGCCAGUGUACCGGUCCAGCAGCGGCGGAAUGAACGGAUCGGGCGUGGUCACGGUGGCAGAGUCGUUGAAUGGGUUGCGCCGGUCGCGCAGUCCGGGCCGCAGCGAGUCGCCCUACAGUCCCCACAUCAUUCCGCGCAGCCCCGGCCGGCAUCGCGUCAAUUCGCUGACGCAGCAGCGGCAGGGCGGCAUGCCGACGCUGCCGAAAACCGUGCUGCAAGCGCGACAGUUUCAACAUUCCACGACGCAUUUGUCCGGGGCGGGGAGCCGCGCGCGGGAUGCGCAGGACGCACAGGACCAGAUGCUGGAUUUGGAGGAGCUGGAGCAGUUUGCCAAAUCGUUCAAACAACGGCGGAUUAAAUUAGGGUUUACACAAGGUGAUGUGGGAUUGGCCAUGGGAAAACUAUACGGCAAUGACUUCAGCCAGACUACCAUUUCCCGUUUUGAGGCAUUGAAUUUGAGCUUCAAGAACAUGUGCAAACUAAAACCAUUGCUGCAGAAAUGGCUGGAGGAUGCUGAAAACGCCAGCCGGCAUGGCGGAACGUUGGUGUACACAAAUCCAGCACCGCCCGCUAUUGAGAAUAUUGGACGACGGCGUAAGAAGCGGACCAGUAUUGAGACCAAUGUGCGGACGAAUCUGGAGCGAGCAUUCCUGCUGAAUCCCAAGCCGACCUCCGAGGAAAUUGCUACCAUUUCCCAUAAUUUACAGAUGGAGCGGGAGGUGGUGCGGGUGUGGUUCUGUAAUCGACGACAGAAAGAAAAGCGCAUUAAUCCGUCAUCGGCAGCGGCCAUGAGUUCGCCGUCGCAUCCGGAUUCACCGGAUGAUACUGCUCAUAAUCGGCAUUCGGGUAGUCGUUCGCGCUCAGUAUCCCCGGUUGCUCAAUCAACGGACCAAGAAUUUAAUCAACCGCUGCAAUAAUCUAAUCCGUAUUAUUUCGUGUUGAUUUGUUGUUUGUUUUUGGAUGCGUGGAUGUGGAGAUUGCCGUUUUUUUGCCGGUGUCAAGAAUAGCCGACCGAAUGGGGCUUGGAUGACCUUUGCCUUCACACGGUGGAUAUGAAAUACAUUCAGCACUGCUUCGCAGAAGAACUGAGCCAUUUACGUGUGCCUUGUAUUAGGAGUUUCCUGUGUGUUGUGUUUUGUCUGUAAUUCAGUGUAUUGCAUGUUUUGUUGUAGUGUUCGUUUCUGUCUUGUUCGUUGUCUUUUGCCUAGAACAAUAUCGGUAUUAAGUGUUGCAGGAUGGUAGAUGAUUAUUAUGAAAAUAUAGACGGGAUCUGAGUAAUGUUCCCGACAGGAUUCGGUCUUUACGGUGACGUUUGGUUUGUCUGUUUAUAUCACGUAAUUGUGAUGGGUCCGUGGCUUAGAACUAGUAUUCAAUUAAGUGUGGUGCAGCAUAAUUUUAUGUCUACUGUUGAAUGUUUGUCAUUCCUGCGGGUACAGGCGGUUUACUUUUUGCGAGAUAAUUCGUAUGUCAAAUCUCUAUUUUCCGCAUUAGUUAAUUAAAUUUUUAAAAGUCUGGACCCGCUGCUAUAAUUGACCGAAGAAUCAGUUUUACACGAA